GCGGAACUGGGGGGUCUGGUCGCGGCACGUAGAACCUGGAACUCAGACUCACCUGUGCGCGAGGCGGAGGCGGGGCCAGAGCAAAAGCUCACCUGCGCCGGAGGGAAACCGGCCUGGGAGCAGCCCUCGGGUUCGCCCAGGGCGGAGGGGGAGGCGUCCCGCGGCCGGCCCCGGGCAACCCUCCGUGGUCCGUGCGUCCGUCCCGGCGCCGCCGCCAUGACCUGGAGCGCCACGGCCCGCGGCGCUCACCAGCCCGACAACACGGCGUUCACGCAGCAGCGCCUCCCCGCCUGGCAGCCGCUGCUGUCCGCCAGCAUCGCGCUGCCGCUCUUCUUCUGCACGGGCCUGGCCUUCAUCGGCCUGGGCCUGGGCCUCUACUACUCCUCCAACGGCAUCAGGGAGCUCGAGCACGACUACACCGGCAGCUCGGACGCCGGCAACUGCUCGGAGUGCGCCGCGGCCACCGAGGGCGGCGCGCCGCCGCCCAACUGCUCGUGCGCCUGGUACUUCUCGCUGCCCGAGUUCUUCCAGGGCCCCGUGUACCUCUACUACGAGCUGACCAACUUCUACCAGAACAACCGGCGCUACGGCGUGUCCCGCGACGACGCGCAGCUGAGCGGGCUGGCCAGCGCGCUGCGCAACCCGACCGACGAGUGCGCCCCCUACCGGUACAGCGCGGCCGGCCUGCCCGUGGCGCCCUGCGGCGCCAUCGCCAACAGCCUCUUCAACGACUCCUUCUCCGUGUGGCACCAGCGCCAGACCGGCGGGCCCUACGUCGAGGUGCCGCUCGACCGCACCGGCAUCGCCUGGUGGACCGACUACCACGUCAAGUUCCGCAACCCGCCGCUGGUGAACGGCAGCCUGGCGCUGGCCUUCGAAGGCACGGCGCCCCCGCCCAACUGGCACCGGCCGGUCUACGAGCUCAGCACCGACCCCAACAACACCGGCUUCAUCAACCAGGACUUCGUGGUGUGGAUGCGCACGGCCGCGCUGCCCACCUUCCGCAAGCUGUACGCGCGCAUCCGCCAGGGCAACUACUCGGCGGGGCUGCCGCGGGGCGCCUACCUCGUCAACAUCACCUACAACUACCCGGUGAGCGCCUUCGGCGGCCACAAGCUCAUCAUCUUCAGCAGCAUCUCGUGGAUGGGCGGCAAGAACCCCUUCCUGGGUAUCGCCUACCUGGUCGUCGGCUCCCUCUGCAUCCUCAUGGGCUUUGUCAUGCUGGUUGUCUACAUUCGCUACCAGGACCAGGACGAAGACGACGACGACGACUGAUUCUAGCUUUCCAAGGACCCUUCCUUCCUGCUUCUUGCCAAAACUCUUGCGAGCUUCUUUUGGCGUCUCCUCCACCCCUCACCCAAUUCCAACCUUGCCACACUUUGCCUCCCGUUGUGGAUGAGAAGGCCAGAGAAAGGAAUUACUCCCUUUCUCUUGGGGGCUGCCGGACUCUCUUGCUAGGAUGUUUGGACUGCAGAGUGAAACGUCCUUGCAAAUUCUCC